AUGCCUCACGCAACCGAGUGCGCAAAUUCGAUUACUGUCGUAUCCGGCUCGUCACCGAUUUCUAUCCCUGGCUCGACUAGCGGCUACGGACGCACUUCUGGUCCUUCUUAUAGUACUUCUGCUGCGACCGCGAGGUCAGUCCCAUUAAAUGAUGACGCCUAUAGCAAUAACCUUUCACAAGACGUAGAAAAUAUGAACCUCGGCUUUGAUCAGCCCUACCCAGUAUUUAAUGUGGGAAUGUACCCUCCCUCCCUUACUUCUGAUCCAAAUUUACAGACAAGUUAUCGCGAAUAUAAUUGCUGUGGAAUCGAUCAUCAAAAUUUACACGACCUUAUUCAACAUGUUGACAUUAUUCAUCGUGGAUUGAUCGUACACGAUAAUGAAAUCAUUCAAUUUCCUCUCGAAGCAAAUACUGUUUAUUCACAGUACCGAUGUAAUUCAAUGCCAAUCCCGAUGUCUGUUUCAUCCAUUCAACCUUCUUUGAAUACUUCGGUACAGAAUGGAUCCGCUCAUGAACAAAAAAAUCAUCAGAACAGUACACAAAGCAAUUUCAACUCUGUCGCACCUUCUACUAUCUACUCAGUUAAUAACUCAUCUGCUCCAAGUUAUAAACAGAAGGGUAACUUAAAUAAUAAUGGAUUUGAGUACAGCCAAAUUGAUCUCGCACACAUUAAUGGAUUUGGUCAGAUUAACGGUCUUGAACAACUCACAAAUGGUCAAAGUCAGGAUUCAUGUGAACAGAACGAAUUUAUGUUGGCAGCAGCAUUAUAUUUGUAUGAUAAUUCCACAUUGCGUAAUACGAAUUUCUCGUUCGAGGAUCAAACGACAUCGUCCAUGUCAACAAGUCUUGAUGAUGAUUCUUACCCCUCAAAAGCUAUUCAAAUGAACCAACAAGAUCCUUUAUUAGUUAAUAACUCACCACAAUCUUUUCCGGCGACCCCGGUCGAUUAUGUCUCUUCUCCUAUCAGUUCAGAUGACUUUGAUAAUUCGGCCGUUGUCUCUCCCAUUUCAAACGAUCGUGUCAUGUCCAUCUCAAACUUAGGACAAGUGGCGGCCGUUUCACCUUCAAAAUCUAAAGUCAACAACCCUCAGGAUAAGAGCCCUCAAAGACCAUCAUCGUCUUCACCUUAUGGUUCAAUUAAUAAUAACAAUGAGAAUAGUGUUAACGCUCAGCAGACAUCCCCAUCCAUUAAUGCAUCAACACCUAGCCAACAGGUUUCAUACAUCUCAAGACAGAGACUCGUCCCAUCACCAAGUAAUGGUGCUAAUGCUACUAUUAAUGCUCAACAAAGACGUUUGUCCUCAACAACCCAAAAUACAUCUUAUGGGAUCAUGAAUAAUUCAAGACAAAGGCCUAUUGCGACAAACAAUGUUCAACAAAGGCGCACGUCUUCUAUACCAUAUAAUUCUGAACAAGUAUCAUCGAACUCUGAUCCUAGUAAAUCUAAUCAAAGGGCCUCAAAUUCAUCCAAUAAUCCAAUGUCUUAUGGAUAUAGUAGCAACUUUUUGCAACCUAGGCGAUCGUCAACUUCAAAUAUUAUCUCAGCACAUCCGGUUGUAACUACAAUGCCCCCGAAUGAACAUCAGUAUAGGAUUAAUAUGUCAAAUUUAGGACAAGGAAACGUCACAUCUUCAAGUAGGCCCGUUGCUCAACUCAGACGCUCAUCAACUUCUAAUUUAGUGGCGGCGCGUUCCAUUGCGACAACUACACCACAAAGUUAUGGUCACAUCUCGAUCGAAAAUAAUGCGUUGGCGUCAUAUAUGCCCUCAGUUACUACUGCACAAUACUCUGUGAACUCAGCUGACAGUUACCCGAUGUAUAUGUCUUCUGGAGAGACUGGCUCCGGAGCAGCCACGCAAUACCCGGCAAAAUAUCAGCGAAUCCAACCGAAGGCUGGUAACGGAGUUGCAAUGUCAGAUGUCUAUUCCGACCCAUCAAUUGGUGCGUCUGGUAUCAAAUCAAAGAAAAGGACCACCUCCACACCAUCGGUUGAUAAUAAAUCAGUAAAAAGACGUUCUAACAAACCUUCUGAUGAAUCUGUCGCUGAUGCUUCCGCUGCUAUUCAUCCUUCCGAUUUGUCCUCUGAUGUCGUGCAAAAUAGAGGUGAAGCCGAUAUAUAUCCUUACAAAUGCGCCGUUCACGGAUGCCCGAAAGCAUAUAAAAAUGCAAAUGGAUUAAAAUAUCACAACGAACAUGGUCAUGCACAGCAAAGCGGUAACGGAGCUCGUGAAAAGCCUUGGGCGUGCCGCAUCGGAGGUUGCCUAAAAACUUACGGCAGCAAAGGUGGCCUCAUAUAUCACGUUAAACAUUGCCAUCCUAAUGAUUUGUGGGCUUUGCCAUAA